GACGCAUGAAUUUCUGCCAGCCUCCUAUCCCUAGAGGGGGUAGCUGUGUAAAAUUGGCAGGAGACGUCUGGAAGAAAGCAAGUCCCCCAGGGAUUUCAGCACCUAGGCAGGAACGGUUGGGCUUUCCCAUUGCCAGCCCGGGGGUGGCUGGCACCGAGAAGCCUGGAUUAAACGCCGCGCGGGGCUGGCGAGGUCGGGGUCGCCGUGACUCCCCAGGCGCUCCUUGCGGGGAACCCGGGAGCCCGGGGCCGGCCCUGCCGCGGCGCCCCGCCCCGCCCAGCUCUGUCCCCGCAGCCUCGCGGGCUGCCGGGCUUUGUGGUUCGCCCGUGCGGCUGGGCCCCAGCUGGGGGUGUCGUUACGAGCAUGUGCAGACAGCAGCCCAAGCCUUCAGGAUAAUUCCUUCAGCAGCACCGCUGUAACAGAGUGUGACGAAGACACAGCCUCCCUACAUGAAGACCAGACUGAUUGCUCCCAUAUCAGAGAUGAAGACAAUAAAGAAAACUACCCCGACGCCAGGGCUCUCCUAGAGGAGCCCGCGCCGCCGUCGCCGCCACAGCAUGUAGAGCAGCCCGUGCAGGUGGACGGCGUGCUGCGACCCAGCAUGGGCAACUUCAAGUCCCGGAAGCCCAAGACCCUGCUCAAGGCGGAGAGCGGGAGGAGCCACGGAGAAAGUCAGGAGACAGAGCACGUGGUACCCAGCCAGCCAGAGUGUCAGGGGAGAACAGGAACGCCAGCUCACGAGAGUCCGCAAAACUACUCCUUCAGGUGCCAAGAAACAGUACGAGUUCAACAAAGAAUCGACCAGAGGGCUGCCAUUUGGUCAAAGGAUGCUUUUGAGACUCAUCAAGACUUAAAUGAAAAUUCCUUGCUGAAGCUCCAAGCCCUGGAAACUGAUCUGUGCUCUGCAUUUUUGGCAAACCAGGAAGAAGCUGCUCAGGUGCACGGACUCAAGGACCCAACCCCAGUGUCGACCCAGAGUGCGCCUGCGGAAGGCGCGGAUGCUGCAGGAAACAAGAGGGAUGAGAUUAAAUUGGAAGUCCUCACAGGGGUGCCUGGCUGGCUCAACCCUGCACCAGUCCACAAAGAUGGGCAGAAUGAAGCAGACAGUACACCAGAAGACCUCCAGUCUGUUGGGACUAGCAGGCUGCUCUGUCACAUCACUGAUGGUGACAACCCACUGUUGUCACCACGAUGCUCUAUCUUCAGCCAAAGCCAGAGAUUCAACUUAGACCCUGAAUCAGCCCCUUCUCCACCCAGCACUCAGCAGUUUAUGAUGCCCCGGAGUUCUUCAAGGAGCAGCUGUGGUGAUGGCAAGGAGCCACAGACCAUUACCCAGCUCACCAAGCACAUCCAGAGCCUCAAGCGAAAAAUUCGGAAAUUCGAAGAAAAAUUUGAACAAGAAAAGAAAUACCGGCCUUCACAUGGUGACAAGACUUCUAAUCCUGAAGUCCUGAAAUGGAUGAAUGAUCUGGCUAAAGGCCGUAAACAACUCAAAGAACUAAAGCUGAAGCUCUCAGAAGAACAAGGGGUUGCUUCCAAAGGCCCACCUAGAAACCUGUCCUGUGAGCAACCUGCAGUCCCCAGAGAGAAUGGGAAGCCAGAAGCUGUGGGUCCUGAGCCAUGCUCCUCUGGAGAGGAGACUCCAGAUGCUGUGCUGACAUGCCUGAAGGAGAAGAGAGAGCAGCUUCCUGCUCAGGAGGAUUCUAAGGUAACUAAGCAAGACAAGAACCUCAUAAAGCCUCUUUAUGACCGAUACAGGAUUAUCAAGCAAAUCUUGUCAACACCUUCCCUUAUUCCAACAAUUCAGGAGGAAGAAGACUCUGAUGAAGACUGUCCACAGGGAAGCCAACAACCUUCUUUGCCAGCUCCAGUGUCUCACCUUCCUAUUGGCGAUCACCUCACCUUCUCUGAGACUGAGCCUGUUACGGUCCUGCUUCCAGAUGAAAAAAAAGAAAUCAAACCACCAGCCGUAUCCAUGUCCAAUUUACAUGAGGCCACUAUGCCUGUACUUCUUGACCAUCUCCGAGAAACUAGGGCUGACAAGAAGAGACUUCGGAAAGCCUUAAGAGACUUUGAAGAACAGUUUUUUAAACAAACGGGAAGAAGUCCACAAAAGGAAGAUAGGAUACCAAUGGCAGAUGAGUACUAUGAAUACAAGCACAUAAAAGCCAAACUGAGACUACUGGAAGUCCUCAUCAGCAAGCAAGAUAUGGCCAAAACAAUCUGAGGUUCAGGAAAUGUUUGUGCUCAACCAAGAGAAGGUCAAGUUUAUUUUUCUCUGCCAUUCUGGCUAAGUAGUUUUGAUAUACUGAAAAUUGAAGCACUUUAGUGGUAGUAUUAGUUAUUUUUAGGAAGAGAUGGUAAGUGUAACUACCAAUGAGGAAGGAGGAUUUAAAUGGGGGAAAUAUAACAACUAACAUAUAAUCAGAAAAAAAUUUCAGUCUCCUCCAUGCUGAGCAGAAAAUGCACAGUCGGUAUAAUUAUUUCAAAAAACCUCUUAAUUUUUUUUUUUUUUUAUCAAAUCUAAGUAAUACUUGUCCAAUGGGCCACUUAUUAGGGAAAGUCUAUUUAGUGUCCAGUGUUUGGAAAAGAGCAUGAUUUUUAAAAAAUCAGUAAGAGGAGGAGAAGAAACUCUUCUUUUUCAUGUAGGAAGGAAUACAGCUAGUAAGAAUGUAAUUUAUUCAAAACUUCUAAUAGAUUUUUAAAUGAUAAAAAAAUCUACCUUGCCCUUAAGUCCACUAGGCUAUUCAGUAAAGCAUACUAGAAUGUGUCACUGCUAAUUUUUUAUUUCUAUAUAAAAAUAGCACAUUAUUUUAUCUGUUAUUUGAAAUUUUACAUUUCUGGUUACCAAAGUUCAUUCUGAUAGCAUGUACUUUGUGAAUUAUCUUUGUCUAUAAUUGACAGAUGUUUAUAUUAAAAUAUUGUAUUAAAAUUUGAAAAUAGGUAUUUUGGAUAGAUCUGUGGUCUGCAGUAUAUAAUCUAAUGUGAUCAUAGUUAUGACUGCUAAUCUCUUUGUUUACUAUAAGAGUAUAUAACUAUUUUUCCAUUGGGAAUAUGCAUUUUUCUUAAUGUUCCAAGGUCUAUAUAUACUUUGUAAAGUCACAAAGCUUUCUUAUGAGUUGUAGGUAUUCUUCGUUCUGUACAAAAUGAAAGGUUCGGAAAUUGUUAAGACACCUUGGAAAAGAAGCCAGAAGGUUUUAUUUGCUUCAUCAACUUUACUGCAUAUAGUUUUGUGUUAUUUUGUACUAAAACACACAUUUAUUAUUUUUGCCUUUGUAAAAAUAAGUAAAAGGUCCACAUUUUCUCUCUUGUACCCAACCAUGUUUGUACUUCUGUUAUCUGUAAUGUUUAAGCAUGAUGUUGAACAAAUUCACAUUUUCAUAUAGUUUGGAUGGGAAGAAUACUGACUUUCAAAGAAGGAGAGUAUUUCAGAGGCUUGUUGUUUUCUCUGUAUUUACCUGAUAUUUUAUAACUUUUAUGAAUCAGAAUGAUGUCCUUCAUAAAUUUGUUUAAUUGAAGUCAUCUACUUGUAACAGGACAGAUACACAACUAUUUGAAGUUUACAAACUACAUCUUUGAUAAGGGAAAUGGUUUCAUGACAUGUAUACAAUUGCUAUUAAAAUGUAACUAUAUAUUCUAUAUGAUUGUAAAUAUUUUAUACAAUACAAAUAAAAUAUUUUUCUAUUAUAUUUAU